CCUGCAAAUGCCUGAUUAGCACUAUAACAUUCAUGUCAUUGAGUGAACUGUACAGUUUGUGCUUUGGAGCACAUGAGCUGCAGCUGUUUGCUAGCCUAGCAGCACUACAUAAGGAUAAACACACCCUGCACAUAUCUCUAAUUGCCAUAGCAAGCAAACCAGAGUCUGUUAUUGGUUUUCUGCGAGCACCCGUGGUGUUUGAAAAUUAUUCGUUUCAACCUCCUCGAUCUUACCUAAAGCCAACCACUCCUACACAUCCAACUCUUCCAAAUUGAUAUAUGACAAUAUCUACUUUCGAUCACGUGUCUGCGGGGCGACCUAGACGGAUUGCGCGUCAUCUCGCCUUCCCAAAUUUUUCCCUUCUGCAGCAGCUCGAAUCCAAAACAUCUAUCUAUAGUCUUGGGUACGAGAGAGAGAAAGAUGUUUAACUCAGUGAAUCUGGGCAACUUCUGCUCGCAGACGCGCAAAGACCGGACAUCCGAGUUUGGAGACAGGACGGGCUGCGCUUCCAACAUCUACCUCCCCAGCUGCACCUACUAUGUCCCCGAGUUUUCUGCCGUCUCCUCGUUCCUUCCACAGGCCCCGUCCCGGCAAAUCAGCUACCCUUAUUCCACAAAUCUGUCUCAAGUACAGCCGGUACGGGAAGUUUCCUACGGUUUGGACCCUGCUAGUAAAUGGCACCACAGAGGCAAUUACGCAUCGUGCUACUCGGGAGACGAUCUGGUGCACAGGGACUGCCUUCCACCUUCCACCAUGACAGAAAUGCUCAUGAAGAACGAAAGCGUGUACAGCCACCACCAUCACCAUCACACCCACCCGGGCUCCAACCACCCCUCCACGGGCUUCUACUCCGGCGUGGGGAAAAACAACGUCCUUCCGCAAGGGUUCGAUCGCUUUUUCGAGACUGCGUACUGCAGCAGCACGGAUCAUCAGUCAGACAAUUGUUUACAAAAGAGCGAGGGGGGGAAGCCGGAAAGUGACUCCCAGCAGCAGCAGCAGCCCACAGCCCCAGCCGGAGCUCCGGAGCAGGAAAAAGACCCAGACGACCAAGAGGAACAUACAAAUUCAGGUUCUUGUGCUUCUUCCACCGCGACAAGCAAGGACGGCAACCCCAGCAAGAGCAGCCACACGAGCGUUCCACGCACAAGGAAGAAGCGCUGUCCGUAUUCCAAGUUUCAAAUCCGAGAACUGGAGAGGGAAUUCUUCUUUAACGUUUACAUCAACAAGGAGAAAAGGCUUCAGCUCUCCCGAAUGUUAAACCUCACCGACCGCCAAGUGAAAAUUUGGUUUCAGAAUAGAAGAAUGAAAGAGAAGAAGCUGAGCAGAGAUCGCCUGCAGUACUUCUCUGGAAACCCCCUGUUGUGAGCAGGAGCAGAGUCACAGUCUGGGACACUGGCAUAAAGGCCUCCUCUUAUCUCACUGAGUUGUAAUCGUGGGCAUAAUCAUUUUCUAAAAGAGCCCAUAACACCAACAGUGCAAUGUUGAGCGGACAUGAGAACAAAAUUGGCCUUCGGUGGAUGAAAUGUGCGAUUUGCUUUUGCGGCGGUGAUGCGUUCAGGCUCAGAAAGGCCCCUUGAAAUGAAAAAAAAAAAUCCUUCCUUUGCUGUUCUUGAAUAUGUCCUAUUUAUCAUCGGUUAUGUUUAUUCUACUGUUCAUAUUUGUAAAAGCAUCAAAUGUAACAAAGACCGCUGGAAUCACGACUGCGCAAACAACUUUGAGCUCUUAUCCCAUCCUCUGUAUAUAGCACAUUUAUAUGAAAAUAUUUGGCGAUCAGAGAAUAGUCGAGUCCUUGGAAAUUUCAGGGCUGCAUUUUUUCACCUUUGAAAACUGUGAUGUACAACUUGUGAAAGUAUAUACCCCAAAAUGUACAGAGUAUAGCCUAUAUGCAAUGUGCAUUUGUAAAUGUAAAUAGGCGUAUGUUGACCCCCCCUCCCCUCCUACUCCUAUCCCCGCUGCUAUAUUCAUCACACCGCCCAUGUAACUCCAAUAGCUUUAACGCCACCUCUCGUUAAACAUUUGCUUCAAAAAUUGUUGGUGCUUUGGAUUUCAGAGAGGAUGGGCAGAUCGUCGCCCUGUGUAUCACGAAGAAAAAAUAAACAAAACUCAUUUAGGCAACGCUC